GCUUUUGGGAGGACCAUGUCUGGACGCGGCAAAGGCGGGAAGGGUCUGGGUAAGGGAGGUGCUAAGCGCCACCGUAAGGUGCUGCGGGACAACAUCCAGGGCAUCACCAAGCCCGCCAUCCGGCGGCUGGCCCGGCGCGGCGGCGUCAAGCGCAUCUCUGGCCUCAUCUAUGAGGAAACCCGUGGUGUACUCAAGGUCUUCCUGGAGAACGUGAUCCGGGACGCCGUCACCUACACCGAGCACGCCAAGCGCAAGACGGUCACCGCCAUGGACGUCGUCUACGCGCUCAAGCGUCAGGGCCGCACUCUCUAUGGCUUCGGCGGCUAAACUUGACGACUUUGCUACCAGGACUUUGCAUUACUCAACCAAAGGCCCUUUUCAGGGCCACCCAUCUACUCAAAAAGGAGCUGUCUCAGUCGCUAGCCACGGCGCUUGAGUCUGCUAGUUAAAUGUUGUAGUUUUAAGAGACCCGUGAAUUGCACGAUGGCAGGAAUUGAAAGCAAAAUUUGCUACCACAUUUGCAUAUACCCGUAACUCCCUCAGGUCGACAAUGUAUUUUCCCCACUUUUGCCUCUAGUAACUGGAUACGGGUAGGCAAGCAAUGAUAUUACAACUCUUCAAAGACAAGUGGAAAAGAAGCAAGUACGGUAAGGAACUUGCCUGGGCUUCCAGGAACAAAGAGGAACACUGCCCAAUCAGCAAGCCCCAUCCGUCGCUAUCAACCAAUCAGAACUGAUGAUCUCAUGUGGUUCCCCGCAGCGAGCCAGAAUGGGGGAUGGGAGAGCGGGCGAGAAACGCCAAAGCACUGGUUUAGGGAAUUUUUAAAAUUUGUCUCUUUAUAGAUUAUGAAACAGAGACAUCUAAAUGUCCCUCGAUCAUGUCCUGAGAACAGUACUAAAAUUAUCGUCACUAAUAGAUUUGUCUCGAUUGAAAAAGUAAUCUGAAAUGGUGGGCAGAGGAGGAAACCGGAUUCAGAGUGCCGGAAAACCCAGGGCCCUGGAUUCAGAGGAAAUUAAAAUCGGGUUUAUGGAGAGAACGCGCCUCUCCGUGUCAACACAGCCCUCAGCAGUUAGCCAUACUUUUUUUCCUUCCUUCACAGAGGCAUGGAAAUUAGGGUGAUGGAAAUGUCCUAAAUCAGAUUGUAGUGAUGGUUGUACAACUAAGGAAAUGUACUAAAAAUCAUUGCAUAGUACAAAGUGGGUGAAUUUUAUGGUAUGUAAACUAUAUCUCAAUAAAGCUGUUUUAUAUAUAUAUAUACAUAUGAGGCAGGGUGGCAGAAGAUGAGGUUGGUAGCGUAGGCACU